AGACAAUUCAUCAUAUCAAGUUUCAUGAUUUUGAGGAUAGUAAGUCAGAAAGCACGUUAAACCAGGUGAGGUGUGGGCAUUCUGCAAUAGACUAAACAAACUUCCUUUUUCUUACGCUCGCAUAGAUAAGUUUCUCAAUUCCGGAGGAAUGUUAGAUGUGACACUAUUACAACCUCAUCCUGUGGCUGAUGAGGAGAUGCAAUGGGUUGAAGCAAAUUUACCUAUGGCAUGUGGGACUUUUAGAGCAGCUGAAUCCACAUGUAUUGAGAAAAACUUACUGUUACACAGAGUGAUAUGUGCUCAUGAGCAGCCAUCAAAACUCUUCUUCAGAGUAUAUCCUAGAAAAGGUGAAAUCUGGGCAAUUUACAAUCACUGGAAUAUUGACUGGACAAUUUCUGGUAUGAGUACCAAUGUCCAAUAUAAGCUGGUAGAGAUUGUGACAGAUUUCACUCAGGAAGCAGGUGUUACAGUGGCAGCCUUGGUUAGAGCAGAGGAGCAUGAUAAUGUAUUCAGAAGGCAGUUGCAUGAAGGCUUUUGGCUGUUUAUGACAUUUAAAAGAAAAGAACUGUUAAGGUUUUCGCAUCGAAUUCCUUCUCUUAAAAUUACUGGAGACCAAGCUGGGGGAUGCACUUCUGGAGGAUCCUUUAGGGUCAAGUUCAGUCAUAAUGGAAUCUGAGCUAAUGAGUUGCAAGUUGGAAAAAUGAGCUAUGUUCAAGAAUAUGAAAAGUAGGAUUUGAUCAACAAAGAAGAUUGCAUCAGGGCCAAAAAAGAGCAAAUUGGGAGAAUUUUGGAGUCUUAGAGAACGUUUUUGUUGUAAUUGGGUAAAUGUGGUAUUGAUCAACUAGGUAUGAUUGUGGUAAUUGUAUGGAUAACUGAAGACUGGAUAAGUUUAUGAAGCGAUGUUUUUCUUGUUUUAUUUUAUAGGUGUAUGUUUCUAGUUAUUUACUACAUUUUAUAUUGUGAAAGAAACUGCUUUGUUUGUAAAUUUUGAGCACAUAACGUGUAUUAAACUACUCUAUUGCAUUUUCUUUGGCCU